UCGUAUAAAUGACUCACUCCACUCCCUCUCUUUUUUCUUCUUUUUUCUUUUUUUCUUUUUGGCAUUUUGCCCACUUUAAGCUAGACAUGCUUAUUUCUCCACCAGUUGCUACAAGAAGAGAUAUUCCACCUGGAUUCAUUGGUAAAGAAGCAUAUACAAGGACUUUUUGAGUGAAAGCUAACCUAUCACCAGAUUUUGCAUCCUCUUCUUUUGAUGCCAUCUUUUAUUCUAACACAGUUGAUUCAACACCAGAAACAACAACAAAAGCUACUACAACUACUACAACUGGAGAAAUACAAAAAAGAUCAAGUCAUUUACCCGAUCUUAUCCCCUUCAUUUCAUUAAUCACUGAAAAAUGCGACGUACAACCUGUUCACCUGGUGAUGGCCCUGAUGUAUGUGCAACGAUUCAGAAGAUGUCUUCCUGCAGGUUAUAAAGCAGAACCAGAAGCUGCCCAUCGUAUAUUCGUAGCAUCUCUUUUAAUUGCAAGUAAAUACAGUGAAGAUCGUUGUUUAUCUACUAAACAAGUUGUCCGUGCAACCGGGGAUGUUUGGUCAAUAAAAGAAAUUACUCGUAUGGAAUUAGCUUUUCUAAGAUUUUUGCAUUGGGAUCUUUACAUUAGUUAUGAAGAAAUGGUUCACUUUUUGAAAGGCUUAAAUUUCGAUGUCAAUACCAUCCUCCCUUCUGUUAGUCUUGAUGAUACUUUUUAAAUGAUAAUCUUGUAAUUUUAUAACUAUACCCUUUUUUCAUCAUGUAUCUUCUUCCCCCCCCCCUUCUUCUUCUUCUUUAUAUUCUACUAAUAAACCCCUUCUUCUUGUAAUUAAAACCCAUAUGCAUGAUUGUUUGCUUACUGUACUACGUCCUAUUGUUCUUUUGUGACAAGAUGAACGUAAUUACCCAUCAAACUUGACACCCCGAUGACUUUUUUGAUACCCAAACAGCCAUCAUUGACAGGGGGGUAAAUAAUAUCCAAUAAAAUUAAAGCAUU